CGCACCUGCCCGAGGCGAACUACCACCGUGUCGCCGUCGCGAAUGUGGUGCUCGGCGCAGGACGUCGCCGCGACCUUCGCCGGCCUGUCACUGUGGCUCGCCGCCGUGCGGGCGAGCGGCCACCUUGCCUCCGCCUCGCUGACGGUGGCGCCCACGCCUGCCUUCGUCCUCACCGCGCUGAGCGUCUCGAGCUCCUACAUCGUCUACUCGCUCGUGUGGUUCAACGCCGCCAAAUUUGCCGCCGCGUGCCAGCGGGCGCCGCUCGGCCUCCUCGGCGUGGACGCGGUCGGCGUGUUCCAGACGCUCGUCCUCGCCUUCAAGCUCGGCCAGCAGCUCGCCCUGCUGCUGUGGGCGGCGCACGCAGCGGGAGCGGACGCCUCGUCGCCCCACGCGGUGGUUCACGCGCUUGCGACGCUGCUGGCGAGCUUCUGCGCAGACCCGGGCCGCCUGGCGGUCGCCGCGGUGCUGAUGGGCGCGGGGCAGACGCUGAACGCUGGCAUCUACGCGGCAAUCGGCAGGGACGGCGUCUACUACGGCUUCAAGCUCGGCGCGCCCGUCCCGUGGUGCAGCGGCUUCCCCUUCAACUUGGGCUUCCGCCACCCGCAGUACGUCGGCGGCACUCUCUCGCAGUACGCGGUCUUCCUCGCCCUCUCGAGUCCCGCGACAUGCCGCGCCGGCUUGCUGCCCCUCCUGGCGUGGUGGAGCGUCAACUACGCGGCGAUGUCUUGGGUGGAGGCG